CCGUGUCCCCCAGCCCACAUCGAGGUGAUCCCCUGCAAGAUCUGUGGGGACAAAUCCUCGGGGAUCCACUACGGAGUCAUCACCUGUGAGGGCUGCAAGGGGUUUUUUCGGCGCAGUCAGAAGAGCGGCCCGAGCUACGCGUGCAGCCGCCAGCAGAACUGUCCCAUAGACCGCGCCACCCGCAACCGCUGCCAGCACUGCCGCCUCCAGAAGUGCCUCCGCCUCGGAAUGUCCCGCGACGCCGUCAAGUUCGGUCGCAUGUCCAAGAAGCAGCGGGAGCGGCUCCACGCCGAGGCGCAAGAGCAGCUGGAGCAGCGGGAACGGGAACGGGCGGCCCAGAGGGCUCCGCUACCCGCCCCAGGUCACCUGCUGUCCCCCGCUGUACCCGCGGGCUGUCCCCGGGGGUCCCUUCCCGUGGAGGAGGGGACAAAGCGGGCACAGGAAGGGGACAGGGACAGGGGGGCCCCUGAGUGGUUCCCCCACCCUGGGGUCAGCAGCAUCCCAGAGUCCCCCAUGGCAUCUGUGGUGGAGAUCGAGCACCUGACGCAGAGUGUUCUCAAGUCGCACCGUGACACGUGCCAGCCCCGGCCCGAGGAGCUGCAGCGGCGGCGCUGGGACACCUUCACCCGGGAGGAGAUCUGCGCCUACCAGAGCAAGCCCACAGCGGAGAUGUGGCAGCGCUGUGCCAGCCGUGUCACCGAGGCCAUCCAGGACGUGGUGGAGUUUGCCAAACGCCUGCAGGGCUUCCUCGAGCUCAGCCAGAACGACCAGAUCGUGCUGCUCAAGGCGGGUGCCAUGGAGGUGGUGCUGGUCCGCAUGUGCCGAGCAUUCAACUCCGACAACCGCACUGUGCUCUUCGAGGGCAAGUUCGCCGGCGCGGAGCUCUUCCGUUCCCUGGGGUGCCAUGAGCUCAUCGGGUCCAUCUUCGACUUCGCCCAGAGCCUCUGUGCCCUGCACUUCUCAGAGAGCGAGGUGGCCCUUUUCAGCGCCCUCGUGCUCGUCAACGCCAGCCGGCCGUGGCUGCAGGACCGCCCACGGGUGGCCCGGCUCCAGCGACAUCUCGAUGCGGCCUUUCGGCUUCUGCUGCACCGGACCCACCGCGAGGGGCUCCUGGCCAGGCUCCCUCCCCCGGGCCGGUUGCGGGCUCUGUGCUCGCAGCAUGUGGAGCAGCUCCAGGCCUUUUGCCGCCUCCACCCCGGGGGGGUCUCGGCCGGCUUCCCCCCCCUCUACAGAGAGCUCUUCACCCCUGAUGCCACCGAAGCCCCCGCGGGCACCCGCUGA